AUGCCAUGGGAGCUUCCCCAAAACAUGCACACCAUGCCUCAAUCUUCCUCGCUACGAGAGAAGAGAUUGAAUCCUGAAGAAGACGACAUCGGGGUCUCAUUGUCAAAAGGUUCAACUCAAACUUGCUCUUACAGUGAUCUCUGCCCUAACACUAGCCUUGGGGCAGUUGCUAGCAUGAUGCCUCUUCCCUUGGCACAUCUAGCGGGCGACAUCACGAAUUUCGAUGGUAUCGGUGGUUCCUGUUUCGAGACCUCUACCAACGAUGGGCAUUCGGAUUCUAAAUACUCGAUCUCUGCCACGUUCUACACAAGUAUUCUGUGCCGGCUGGGUCUCAUGGACGACUGUUGA